AUGGCCGCCACCCCGCAGACUUUCGUAUACGAUGCUAGCUAUGGCACCAAGCUGGACGCGUAUCUGCCCACGUUCGGCCCACAAGACAAGUCUCGCGUGCCCGUGAUCGUACACUUUCAUGGAGGCGGUAUAGUUGCUGGAAGUAGAAACGACAUUCUUUUGUCUUCGUGGAUAUCCGAGACUCUACCCUCGAAAGGGUUCCUCGUGCUCUCGGCUGACUAUCGCCUUCUGUACCCCAGUACCGCCGACGACAGCAUCGCCGACGUUCACACCCUCUUCUCAUACGUCGCCUCCCCUACUACCGAGCUCUCCUCUGCCCUGUCUUCCCGAGGUCUCACCCUGGACACCACCCGGAUCGUCGUAUCAGGAGAGUCAGGGGGCAACUUUCCCGCGAAAGCAGCCGCCACCCUCGCGUCCGUCCAGCCUCAUCCAAUCGCAUGGCUCGACCGCUUCGGUCAAGGCGGGGACUGGCUCUCGAACCACUACGUCAAACCCUACGAUGCUCUGCCUUUCACAAAGUUUAUCCGAUACGAGGAAGCCCAUGCUAUAGAGCUCGACCAGCAGGGCGGUGGAGAGGUGGUCACGGAGAGUGGGAGCAGACCGAGAGAGGAUGGGCGUUUGAGAGAUGAUUUGGGGAGGUUUGACCUCUAUGUCUAUUGGUUGAAAGAGGCGCUGUAUGUGGAUAGGCUUUUGGAGCUUCCUGGGAUCUCUGCCAAACUUGCCGCUGUCCCCUAUUCCGAGCGUUUAGCUUUGAUCCCAGCCGAGAAGCGUCACCUCCUCCUCCCCAUCACCCCUCACACUUGCCCGGCUUUCAUUGCCCAUGGCACUGCAGAUGGAAUGGUGUCUAUUGUCGAGAGCGAAACGAUUGCGAAAGAGAUGGAGGAGCAAGGACUGGAAGUGGAGAAACGAUGGAGGGAGGGCGAUUCACAUGGGUUCUUUGAUCUUGUCACCCUGCAACCCUCUGCUGGUUCUGAAAAGCUCGUUGAGGAUAUCUUGUGUUGGAUUGAUAAGAAGGUGAAUCUUUGA